AUGAAGUUUUUGAACUACUUGUUUCUGUCAGAAUUUAUAAUUCCUGCACUUUCGUUGAUUAUUGCGAAACAACCAAAUGAAUUAGGUUCUGCAAAUAGAGAUGAGUUAUCCCAUGCGACCGCCCAUGGGAUAUUCAAAUCCAUUUUGAAUAACCGAGAGUUUGGUUCAACCUUUGUGAAAUUCAGUGAGUGGGAAUCGCCGUCGGGGGAAAUAUAUGUUGUUCCCUCGACAGAGGAGGAUGCAGAUAUUGCUUCUGCUGCACUUGGCUUGGGUUAUCGGUUUAUCAAAAAUGAUAACACAGUGGUACAAUCAUCGGAUAUUUCCAAUGUUGUCAAAAUAGAGGAGAAGAAUAUUUCUGCAGCAGGCUUUCCUUUCGGAUGGUUGAAACAUGAUGAUAGCCCAACUGCCGACGACUUUUUCCCUUUCGGUUCAAAAAAAUUCAUGAUGAUAGGAGUCAACAAAAGUUCAGCCGAUGAGCAAGGAACUGAAAAAUCCGUGAGUAAAGAAGAAGCAGAGGAGGACGACGAAGAUGAUGAUGGGGGAACCAGUAGUGGGAAUGAGAAUAUAAGUAACUUUGGUUUAUUUCACUGGUUCGAAGAUGAGGAUGACUGUAAUGCGGACGGAAAAACAAACAAGUUAUUUGAUACUGAUCACUUCCUUUUUGUUGGUGUUGGUAGCAUUGACGUGGAGCCAAAAAUUGAGAAGAGAGACCUUGAAACCUCAACUCUGAUUUUGACAAUUUACACGACAACCACAGUUACAUCGGUUCAUGGUGUUACUAUAACACAAACCGCUGAUGCAACCACGACUCAUAACGAAAAGUGGGUUCCAACUCCAACAACAGAUUCACACAACGAUGAGAUUGAUGGCCAUUAUACUGAAGGCGGUAAUGAUGAAAGCAGCCAACCAGCAACUUCUACUGAUCAUGAGCCUUUUACUUUUACAACACCAGUAACUACUCACGAACAAUGGGAAAAUCCUCAUACUGAGUCAGAUGUAGUAUCAACAACAGAACAUGAAAUUCUAACGAAUACAUGGACUUCGGAUAUUAUCACAUCGACUCAUAAUGUUGAAGAGAAACCAACUGAGACUUUAGCAGACUAUACCAACAAAACCUCUGUAUGGACAUCUCCUGAAUCGUGGAACUCGUAUCCAUUCAGUACUACUGAAACUGAGCAUGUUGAGGAGCCUACCACUUUACACUUGACUUUUGAAAACACCACUAUUCCUGUUACAUCUACUUUUGCCCACCCUUCUUCUAGGUUCUCCUCUUUCAAGCAAUUCCACACAACCAGUUCUUUCAAUAAUACCUUGAGUUCCAAAAGUUCUAAAGGUUCAGAUGAAUCCAUCUACACCAGAACCAAGGUUACCAAUGCAUCUCGUAUGACAACUUCAGAGAAUCUUGCUCAUAGCCAGGGAGGCUAUUGGGCUUCCUUGUUCGGACUUAUUUUGGCUGUCUUUUCAGGUGUUAUAUUGAUCUAA